AUGCAGAGCAAUUGUAUUUUGAAGCCACUUUAAUUGCAACCUUAAGUAAGUAUUAUUUAAAUAUAUUAGAAACCUCUGAAACCAUUGGCUGGAAUGCAAUAAAAUCUAAAUGAACAUUUUAACAAUAUAUAGAACAUAAUCCCUUAUCAAUUUGUUGAUAAAAAUAGUCCUAAUAUAACUAUUUGUAAGAUAAAUGAAUAAAUUUGAGGUGGAUUGACUCCAAAGAUAACAGAGUAAUCUCUUAGAUUAGUAUGUGCAGAAUAUGGAAAUGUUGUGAAAAUCUCUUUACGUGCAUACUAUAGAGAUGCCUAGGCUUAAAUAAUAGCUAAUGUUACAUACGAAAAUGCAUAGUCAGCAUAGCAUGCUUAUAUAGAAUUACAGAAAAAAGUAGAAAAUGGAUUUCAUUUUUAACUUUAGUAAAUAUAUUCAUUUAGUGUAGUUAUGGAGGACCAAGUUAUCAAAACACAUCUAAAAUAGUGAAAAUAAAAUUACCAAAUCCAUAAAUUAGAGGGAUAAUUGAUAAAAUAGCUAGAUAGGUAGUAAAGGAAGGGAUACAAUGUGAAUAGAUUAUCAAAUAGAGAGAGAUAAAUAAUAAUAAAUAUGCUUUUUUAUUUUUGGUAUUUAUUUAAAGAUUAUUUUAGUAAUCUGAAGAGAAUGAAUAUUACAAAUGGCGAGUUUAUUCAUUUCAGAAUGGAGAUGAUGAAAAAUAAUGGAAAUAAGAACCAUAUUAUUUCAAUUUAAAUGAAUGCAUUUAUAUUCCACCUUCAAUAGAAGUUGAAGAGCCACCUUCAUUUGCCAAGAAGGAAUUGGAAAAAGCUUAAAGUAAUUGUUAUAUUAUGAUUACAGUUACAACAAAAAACAAGAAAAUAUAAUAUUAAGUGCUAGAAGAUUCAGAUAGAUUGAUAUUUAGUAAAAUGUUAAGGGAUUUAAAUACAUAGAAGUAAUGAAAUAAUAAUAGAAUAAUAGACAUACUAUAGGGAAGGCAAUGAUUUUUUGUAUUGAUCAUUAGGACUGUCCAGCAGAUUUAAUGUUGAUUUUAGAGGAAUCCCUUCUAAAUGAUUCAACAUGGUCAAUGAAAGUAUUUGUAAAUAAUAAUUAAAGCUUGCUCGUUUAUAUUUGAUUUCAGAUAUCUUGAAUAACUGUAAUCAUAAUUUUAAAAGUUACAUCUAGUGGUGUUUACCUAAAAUUUUUAGUAAUUUAGAUUAGUUAUUACCUUAUAAAGAGAAAGUAAUUAUAUUUAUAAUUUAUUAAAGAUUUUGAAAUUGUUGUAAUGUUGGAGAGAGUAGAAUUUGUUUGACCAAAAGUACUUGAAGGGAUUAGAGCUAUCCUUUUUGAUGAAAGAACAGUCAAUCCAAAUUGAGAGCAUCUCCUCAUAGCUUUAUAAAGUCGAUGGUUAUUUUAUUGAAGGAAAAACUCGCACAUGUUGAUGAUGAGACACUUGAUCGUAUUUGCCGAAUUAAGGGACUGUGCUCUUAGGGUUCUCGUGAUACAUUAAUCCAACGUUUAGUUUAGCAUAAGUUCUACAACCGAGCCAAUCCAGACGUUUCUCUUGAAUAAGUGUCCAAAUUUGUUCAAGUUUAUCGUUACAUUGUUGAUAAGGUAUUUAUUAUCUAUAUUAUCAUCUAAUCAAAGGAUUAAUAAACUAUUAUUUCAUCCUAGAAGUAAUCAUUUACUACAUAGAUACAAAUGAUGCAAGAAUUUCUUAAACUUAUACAAAAGAGGUAAAUAUUAUAUUAUCUUUAGAUAUAAAAAUAUUAUAAGUAAAGAAGGAGAGGAAAUAGAUGCAAUUGAUGAAAGAAUAUAUGAAUUCAAUAAACAUAUUGAGAUCUAAAGAGCUGAAAGAAAUCUUUAUAUAAACAUAGAUGGUAGAGAACUUACUGAAGAAGAUAUCAGAACAAUUGAAGAUAAAAAGGUUCAGGUUGUAACCAAUUAUGAAUUGACUUAUUUACAACCUAAACCACCUUUGCCUCCAGUCCCAACUGAUCCCAUUGAAGUAAUAUUAUUAUUUAUCUUUUAGAUUGAAGUCUAAUAAUAUAGAGAUAUUCUCUUUUAAAGUGGUUUAUAUGAUCCUUUCAAAAUAGAAGAAUUCUCUAAAUCCAAAAGAGCCUAAUUGAUUAAGGCUGAUCAAAUAAGAAAGGAGAGGGAAAAACAAUUGCUAAUAAAAUAACAAUAAGAAUAAAGAGAGAGAGAAAGAGAGAAGGAAAGAGAGAGGGAAAGAGAAAGAGAAAGGGAGAAAGAAAAAGAAAGGGAGAGAGACAAAGAAAAAGAAAAAGAGAGAGAACGCGAACGAGAACGAGAAAAAGAAAAAGAACGUGAAAGAGAAAGAGAACGAUAAAGAUAUCAUAGUAUUCUUAUUUAUUUCUAUAUAUCGAUAGAUCGUAGUAAUAAAAGAAGCAGUGCAAGUUCAGAAUCAGAUAAAAGGAAUUAAAAGAAAAAGUUUGAUACAAAAAAUGAUCAAAAAUAUGAUUAAAAACAUGAUUCUAAAUAUUAUAAAAGAAGAUCCAGAUCAAGAAGCAAUUCAAGAAAAAAGAAGACUCAAAACAAAAAGAGAUGA